CGUCAAGCUCACAGUUCCACAAUCACAAGCGAAUCGAACUGCGUGACAGACCGCACACCAUGGCCGGCUCAUCAAUUAGAAAGCGCUCUUUCAACGACGGUCCCAAGGGCCGCACGGUACGGCCGACCAAAAAGCAAAGGAAAAUAGCAGCAUACCACAGCAGCUCCGACGAGUCCGACAGCGAUGAUGAAGGGGCGCGCGUGCCCGCCAAUCUCCUCGACUCAGAGGACGAGGAUUUAGAUGAUAUUGAGGUCGACGAUGGCGCUUCUUCCGCCGACUCUGCCUCAGACUCAAACUCUGAUUCUGCGUCAGAAGCAAGGGAUCCGUCAUCAAAACGGAAACCGCAAUCCAGACCAAAAGAAAAGGAAAGCCAAGCGAAACAAUUCAUCGCCAGAGACGCCCCCGACUCAGAGGAUGAUGCAUCCUCUGCCGAGGAAAAUGCCGACGACGGCGGUGAUGACGAUGACGAAGAUGGGAUGUCCGAUGCCGCCAGCCACAGCGACGCCUCCCAGACCGGCGGCGGGAAGAGUAGCAGCAGCCGGCCGAGCACCAAAUCCAAACGCAACGACCCUGCCGCCUUCGCGACCUCAAUUUCCAAGAUGCUGUCGUCCAAGCUCCCGGCCUCGCGGCGCGCCGACCCCAUCGUGGCCCGCAGCGCGGACGCCGCCGAGCACGCGCGCCAGGCCGCCGACUCGGCGCUGGAAGCCAAGGCGCGCAAGCGGCUGCGCGAGCAGAAGCGGCUAGCCAUGGAGAAGGGCCGAGUGCGCAACGUGCUAGUGGCGAGCACGACGCGCACGCUGAACGUGGCGACGGGCGAAAUCGAGGAGGUGCCGGAAGAAGGGGCCGAGACGACGGAGCAGAUCCUGGCGGCGGAGAAGCGGCUGCGCAAGGUUGCGCAGCGCGGUGUGGUCAAGCUGUUUAAUGCCGUGCGGGCGGCGCAGGUGAAGGCGGCCGAGGCGGAGCGGGCGGCGCGGAGGGAGGGCGUUGUCGGCGUUAAGAGGAAGGAGGAGAAGGUGGCUGAGAUGAGCCGGAAGGGGUUCUUGGACUUGAUUGCGAGCGGUGGGGGGGGGUUGAAGAAGGGAGGUUUGGAGGAGGCAUGAACGUCGCACCCCUUCUGUCUGGAUUGCCGUCACCACUCUCUGUCAUCUUCAGAGCAGAGCCUCUGGUUGUUUAUGUACAGCACCUCCCGAGAUGCCUGCUAGUCGUACAGUAUGUAUUGUACAUGUACAUUGCUCUGCCGAAUGCAGAAAUGUCUAAGGGAUUUGGAGGUGCACCAAUCAGGCACGACUCCUCCAAGCCACAUUCACGCCCAAGCCAUGCCCAGGUUUGUGCUUCUGGUAUCUAUGCAUACUUUCCCUGACCCUAUCGCACAAAACGACAGUUGAAGAGCAAAAACCGGCCAUCCCGGCCCUCAUUUAAAAUCACUUGACUG